CUGUGUACUUGUAAAAUGUCCCUAUCUGCUGUUCUUCUUUCCCUUCCUCAGAAACCACAGAAUGGAUUAUUCCAUCUCUAUCCAUGUAUCUCUCAGUGUUGCGUUGUUGCUGCUCAAUACAACGUUCCUGCUUACCGAGUGGGGGACCACGGUGAAGUCAGACUGGGUGUGUGUGUUUGUUGCAGCUUUCAUGCAUUACUCCUUGCUCUGCUGUUUCACCUGGAUGGCCAUAGAAGCACUUCAUCUCUAUCUACUGCUGAUAAAGGUGUUUAACACCUACUACAAACACUACCUGCUCAAACUGUCUCUUGCAGGAUGGGGAAUCCCCGGUAUAAUUGUGGCUGUCUCUGUGGGAGUAAAGGACUUUAAACAGUUUUAUGGAGUUACACAAAUGAUCAUGGCCGAUACUAACCAAACUACUGUAAUGUGCUGGAUCACAGAUGAGUCCUUCUUCUACUCUUUGAACUUGGUGUACUUCACCCUUAUAUUUAUCUUCAACUCUGGCAUAUUGAUGGUGGUGGCCUCUAGCAUCUGUAAGAUGAAACGAGUGGCCAGGAGCAAGCCAACGCUUGGAGAUGAGGUAAAGAUUUGGAGAGACCCAGAGAGGUUCACUGAGUCCUGCAAGAGUGGCCUCACUGUGUUGGGUCUUACCUGCCUUAUGGGGACCACCUGGGGUCUUGCCUUCCUGGGCUCAGGAUAUGUCAACUACCCUAUCCUCUACCUUUUCUGCAUCCUGAACUCUACACAAGGUUUCUUUAUCUUCCUGUGGAUCUGCCUGUCAACCAAGAAGCAGAGGAAGAAAGACAUGGAAGACAGAAUGACUUCAACUCCUGUGAAGACUUCAGCACUCAAAUCUGAUUAGACCCCCUUUCCUGCCAUUAGUCCAGAUGAGAUGAUAAAGCCCAGAUGUAAUCUUUGAUAGUAAUCCCUCGUUAAUGUAACCAUAGCAACAGUAACCCCCGAGACGUUAUAUCCCGAGAACUGUAAACUUUUUAAUAAAUAUUGAUGUCAAUUCUGUCAUUAAAGUAAACUUGUUUCCUUCACUAACCUACUGUAGAAUAUUGUA